GGCUCCGGGGGCGGGGCCGGCGGAGGGGCGGCCUCGGGAGGGUCCGCUGGUAGCUAGGCGCGGCGGCGGCGGCGGCGCGAGGUGAGGUGAGGGUCCCAAGAGCAGGUCCGCCCUACAUGAAGCUGACGUGAAGGCACCCGGGUGGCAGGGCCCGCGGCACGUCCGCGCGCAGGAUGAGCAAAUCCCGGCUCUUCCGCCUGUGGCUGGUCUUGGGGUCCGUGUUCAUGGUCCUCCUGAUCAUCGUUUACUGGGACAACGUGGGCACGGCCCACUUCUACCCGCAUACUGCCUUCCCCAGGCCGCACCCCACGCCCGCGCGUGGGGCACAGGAGGAGCUCACGGCUGAUGUGGACGCCUUUUUGCAGAAGCUGAUCAGUGGCCUGAAGCAGAGCGCCCCCUCCGAUAGAAGGACGGAGCCGCCAUCGGCGCAGGCGUCGGCCAGGCCCGUGCUGAGCAACGCAGAGGAGAGCGUGCGAGGCUACGACUGGUCGGCGCGCGAUGCGCAGCAGGGCCCGGACCCCGGCGGGCAGCAGGCCGAGCGGAGGCGCGUGCUCCGCGGGCUCUGUGCCAACGCCAGCUUCGUGUUCCCCACCAAGGAGCGCUCUUUCGACGACAUCCCCAACUACGAGCUGAACCACCUCAUCGUGGACGACCGCCAUGGCGUCAUCUACUGCUAUGUGCCCAAGGUGGCCUGCACCAACUGGAAGCGCGUGAUGAUCGUGCUGAGUGAGAGCCUCCUGGAGCGUGGCGCCCCCUACCGUGACCCGCUGCGCAUCCCCCGGGAGCACGUGCACAACUCCAGCACGCACCUGACCUUCAACAAGUUCUGGCGCCGCUACGGCAAGUUCUCCCGCCACCUCAUGAAGAUCAAACUCAAGAAGUAUACCAAGUUCCUGUUUGUGCGGGACCCCUUCGUGCGCCUCAUCUCCGCCUUCCGCAGCAAGUUCCAGCUGGAAAACGAGGAGUUCUACAGGAAGUUUGCUGUGCCCAUGCUCACCAUGUACGCCAACCGCACCGGCCUCCCCGCCUCCGUCAGUGAGGCCUUCAGCGCGGGCCUUAAGGUGUCCUUCGCCAACUUCAUCCAGUACCUGCUGGACCCGCGCACCGAGAGGCUGGCGCCCUUCAACGAGCACUGGCGGCAGGUGCACCGGCUGUGCCACCCGUGCCAGAUCGACUACGACUUCGUGGGCAAGCUGGAGACUCUGGACCAGGAUGCCGCCCAGCUGCUGCGGCUCCUCAAGGUGGACGGGCUGGUGCGCUUCCCCCCAAGCUACAGGAACCGGACCGCCAGCAGCUGGGAGGAGGGCUGGUUUGCCUCCAUCCCGCUGGCCUGGAGGCGCCAGCUCUACAAGCUCUAUGAGGCUGACUUUGUCCUGUUUGGCUACCCCAAGCCCGAGAACCUCCUCCGAGACUGAGGUGGGGCCGUCCUGGCAUUGGGGCCAGCCGGGCCCGGGCGGUCUGCCACCCCACGGCCGUCUCCCGAGGCGGGUGUGUGGGCCCCCCGCGUGUGUGUGCUCAAGGCCCCGUCUCCCUGCCCACCCGGCCCACAGGACAUGCAGCGCUCCCGCCAGCCCAGUGGCUGGGGGCCACCCCACACUCCAGUUUUUUCAAUAACCCACGGUUUUGCAGCCCAGAUGUACCGUUUACUCUGCUGCCUGAGUUCACGGGGUACUGUGUUAAUAUUGUUUUCUAAGAUUAAUAUAUUUCAGAUAUUUAAUACGAAAGGGGCAGAAGGAAAGAAUGGAGUAAAUGUUACACCUGCUU